CCGCAACAACCAGCCGAGAGUCGGAAGAGACGCGAACUUGGAGGUCGAAGUAAGACGACUGAACAAAUCUGAGAGUGAAACGGAAAUAAUGUUCUCGAUGUCGCGGAACGAGGACACGACGCUAUCGUUGCCGGAAGAUCCAAGGCCGAGUUACACGGAAGCCGCCCAGGUGUCCGCAGCCGGGGGUAGAGAGGAGCAGCGUGCUGCUGCUGUUACUGCCAGACUGUUUGCAAAAGACAAGGUAUGCCGGAGAGAAAGCAAUUACCUGUAUGCAGGCCCAGGCAAGAAGCCAAACUUUCUGAAACAGCUGGAGAGUUAUAUGAAGAGAAAGCUGCAAGCCAUCGACAACACUGAACCAAGAUUUCAAGAGCUCAAACUACAGGUCUACCAGGAUGUCUUUGGCCGUUUCAUUGAAGAAUUCAAAACUUAUCAACUCUUUCUUUAUGGCAUCAAAAAGGAAUAUGAAGACACUAUAGCGUAUCUACGGAAUCAGAUCUGUGAACUGGAGCCUCUGCAGACCCACCUGAGGUUGGUUACAGAGGAAUGUGACCAGAAGAUGCAUGCACGUUGGCAAGAGGAACAGGCUGAGAUUGCAACCCUGAAAAGAGAGAAGAAGCAACUGCAGAAGGACAUGAAAAGCAUGAGGGAGAAAGACGAGGCCAUGCAGGCAAUGGUGGCCCAUCUGAAGUCUGAAGUAUCCAACCUGUAUCUGCAGUACCGAGAGGAGCAUGAUGCUCGCAAGCUGCUGAUCUUCAAGCUCAAUCACCUAACAAGUUGCCUUGGAACAGAAGAGGAGCCCACAAAUGAAAAUUCAGACAAGGAGAAAGAGGAUCCUGUGAUGCUGAGGCAAGCUCUGAUUGUGUGUCGAGAUGACCUAAGCAAAGCCCAGGAGUUGCUCAACAGGAUGCAGGCAGAGUACUGGGAUGUGGUUUCUCGACGUGACUGGGAGUCCCUGGAGAACACACAAAAACAGACUCUGCUGCAGUUGGGGAGGCUGCAGCAUGACUUUGACCAGCUGAAGGCUGAACAUGACACCCUCCUUGCGCUCCAUAACAAAGAUAGUUUACAGGCUGAACCAGACUGCUCCACUACUGGGCAGGUGGAUGAGGGUGUGCUCCAUAAGCAAAGCAACCUGCAGCCCAACCUGCUGGAGGUGCUGAUCAACACUGAUGUCUCCGAGACAGACACACUCACAGUUCAGGAAUUUAGGGCUGACCUGAAGACCGAGGAGCUGGUGGCCUCAGCUCAGAAUGAUCUGGACACCAGCAGCGAAACCAUUGCCUAUCAGAGACUCUACAGCCAGAGCCAGGAGGCAGAGGGUAAAGACGGGGAGCUCCCAAGUUGGCUGAGCAGACUUACUUUAGGGGAAAGGCAGCUGUACACAAGCCAGCUCAGAGAGCAGUUGGCAGGCAAAGAGGAGGUGUCAAUGGCAGAUCUGCGUGCUGCCUUGACAUGCAUCAACCCAGAGCUAGAUGCAGACGCUCUCAACUGGAGCUUGUGCCUCGCCUUUCAGGUGAACAUUGAAGAGCUGGAACAGUGUGACACACUGCUGGACACAGAAGCCAUUCUGCAAAACCUCUGUAUGGCUGACGUCAGCAGGCCUGAUCCUCUGCCCCCGCAAGCGUAAAGCCCUCUCCCAAAUGGACAUUUCCAACAAACCCUGGCACCACUGAACAGUUCAUUUUAGAAAUGCUAUAACUUUGAGUAUUCUUAGACAACUCAUUUGUGCUCAUUAACAAUGAUAAUUCAUAAGAACUAAAAAUUUGCAUGUUAACAUUUUGAUGUUUAUUAAAGUUGGCAUCAGUGUUAUUGGAUCGGAGGAAACACCAGCAUAUUUGAUUAUCAUUUGUCUUUAUUCUUGAGUGAAUGAAUGAUGAUGAUUUAUUUCGAACAUGUAAAUAGGAUAUAACCCAGAUAAGCCAUUGCCAAUACUCUGAAGUGAUCAACAAAUCCACACAUCUCACUCAGCGAACAAAGCUCCAUAUGCAUCAGAUCAUUUGCUACAUGUUGGGAAAGCAGUAGGAGGAAGUAUACACUUAUUUUUUUCCUACCCCCUCUCACCUACUCGUAAGUUAAUUCACCUACUAUACAUUUCAAACUCAACUCCCACUGUACUGUAUAGUUCAAAUUCAAUGCAAGUUGUGCUGCACAAUACAAACUCAACUACUGUGAACAAUAAGAGAAAAAAGAAAAGAAAAACAUCAAAAACACGUGAGCGAAAGAAAAAGAAAAGAAAACACAGCCUA